CCUCUCCAAGCUUCUCUGACGUUUCUAGACAUCACAAGAAAAAUGGCUUCUAAAAAGGUGAGCACCCUUUGCAUAAUAGCCUCCCUCCUUAUCAUCUCCUUCACUCUCACCAAUGCCAUCCGACCAGAGCCGGCCUCCGCCGGUGUUAAUCCGGCGAAAAUCGGAGACGGGGAUUUUGAUCAAGCAGAGAAGGUUGAGGUUGAUGAAGAUAGCUGUGAAGGAGUAGGGGAAGAAGAGUGCUUGAUGAGAAGAACACUUGCAGCUCACAUUGAUUAUAUCUAUACCCAGAAAAACAAGCCAUGAAAAUUAAUUAAAAUUUGAUUUAAUUAGCUUUAUGUUCUUAAUUAUUUUCAUUGAUAUCUCUCAUAUUGUAGGUAUUUUUUUUGUGUUUGUUAUAUAUAAAUUUCAUGUAUAUAAAUAGAACAGCCACAAUUUUCAUUGUUAAUUUCAGGUCUCUGGUAUAGAUUUGUUUGGUA